UAUGAGUGUUUAAACACAGGAAGUGUCUGUUUUAGAUGACACAGGACAGCAGUUAUUUUAUUAAUGUGUCAGUAUGGGCUCCAGUGCGCUGCCUCUCAUCCUCUUGCUGAUGUCCCUCAUCCACGCUGGACUCACUCAAGAGAGAUCAAAACCUGUAGUGAAGGUGACGCCAGAUCAGCGUGUGUUCAUAGGAGAGACAGUCACUCUCACAUGUGACAUACAGGGAGGAGGAAACAUUCAGUGGAUAUACUGGUUUAAAGCUGGAUACAAUUACAAUCCAUACAGAACAACAACAACAGCAGAGUUUAGUUUCAGAGCUGAUUAUGUGUAUUACAGUGGUAAAUACAGCUGUAGAGGAGAGAGAUCAGACUCACAGAGAUCAGACAUCAGUGCUGCUGUUACACUGACUGUAUCAGAUUUACCCACAUCUACACUGACUGUGACACCAGACAGUCCUGUAUUCACUGGAGAGACAGUCAAUCUGAAGUGUGUGAUUGAGUCGUACAGUAACUGGACAUAUGAGUGGUACAAAAGCGGGACAUUCCGCAGUGUAAUGUUACAAAUGUCUGAUCGUUACACUGUAAACAGACACACUCUCACUAUCACAGGAGUAAUUACAUCUGAUGAGGGUCAGUACUGGUGUACAGGACACAUAGAUGGAAGAACAGUGUUACCAUAUGCAAGCUCUGCUGUUUCUCUGUUUGUGAAGGGUUUACCAACAUCUACACUGACUGUGACACCAGACAGUCCUGUAUUCACUGGAGAAACAGUCAAUCUGAAGUGUGAGAUUGAGUCUUACAGUAACUGGAGAUGGAGAAAUGGCCUGACAGGUAACCAAAGAUCUGACCAGACAAAUGUCUGGACAGGUGACUGGAGAUAUGACUGGUAUAAAGGCACAAACAGAGUAAUGUUACAGACGUCUGAUCAUUACACUGUAAGCAGACACACUCUCACUAUCAGAGGAGUAAUUACAUCUGAUCAGGGUCAGUACUGGUGUAAAGGACAGAGAGAUGAAAGACCAAAAUCAUCACAGUCAAGCUUUGCUGUUCAUCUCUCUGUGAAAGAUUUACCCACAUCUACACUGACUGUGACACCAGACAGUCCUGUAUUCACUGGAGAGACAGUCAAACUGACAUGUGUGAUUGAGUCUUACAGUAACUGGAGACAGAGAAAUGGCCUGACAUAUGACCCGAGAUAUGACUGGACACCUGACUGGAGAUAUGAGUGGUAUAAAGGCACAGACCGUGUAAUGUUACAGACGUCUGAUCGUUACACUGUAAACAGAGACACUCUCACUAUCAGAGGAGCUACUGAGUUUGAUCAGGGUCACUACUGGUGUAGAGGACAGAGAGAUAAAAGACCAUCAUCCUCACAAUCAAGCUCUGCUGUUUCUUUCACUGUGAUGGGUUUACCCACAUCUAACAUGACUGUGACACCACAGACUGUAUUCACUGAAGAGACAGUCAAUCUGACAUGUGUGAUUGAGUCUUACAGUAACUGGAGAUAUGAGUGGUAUAAAGGCACAAACAACAGUGUAAUGUUACAGACGUCUGAUCAUUACACUGUAAACAGAGACACUCUCACUAUCAGAGGAGCUACUGAGUCUGAUCAGGAUCAGUACUGGUGUAGAGGACAGAGAGAUGAAAGACCAUCAUCCUCACAGGAGAGUAAACAAAUGUAUCUGUCUGUUCAUGUCUCAGCAUCUUCAUCAUCAUCAUCAUCUCUUCCAGUCAUUGCUGUGGUUGUGUUAUUGAGUGUUUUCCUGUUGAUCUUCAUCUCACUGUUGCUGCUGUGGAGAUACAAGAAGAACAAAGAUCAGCAGCGUAACGUUAACCAGACAUCAGACCCAAAUCAAUCUGCAGAAUUUCAGAUGGAAAACUUUCCUCUACAGUCUGCAGAUUGUGAUCACAUUUAUGAUGCUGUCACGGAAGUGAAUAAGAGACACAAAGAUGAUCCAGAGACAUUUUCAGAGAUCACAUAUUCAGAGGUCACUGUUCAGAAAAAGAUACCUGUCGAUAAAGAUGAUACCACAGCAGAGUCAAAUGAGGUGACAUACUCAGAAGUCAGAACAAAAGUAAAGAAAUGUAAAAGAAAAGGUGCUGAUGCUGGAGUUUGUGAUGCAGUUUAUGCUCAACCUACUAGGAAAAAAGGUCCCUGAGUGCAGUGAAGACAACAGACGACAAAAAGAGAUUCACAGCAGCAGACACAAUAAUUCUUGCACUACUUAAGAAAUGAAUUGAAGUGAACUGAUUUUGCACAAGCUUGACUAAAAAACUUUAGAGAUACAUAUGCAUAUACACUGUACACAUGCAAGCUAACAAAUCAAACUAUAAUAUACAGUAAAACAUUUUACAGGUGAGCACUUAUGUUAAUGAAGUGUGAGAUUUAUAUUUA